AUGCGUGUCGAUCUAUGGAAUCAAGAAAAGGUUCGAUCGCUCGGCUACAACUGCCAAUUCGAGGCUGGAAGUCUGCUGGAAACAUUGAACCCCGUGGACUCUUAUCUCUCUGAAAAUACAUCUCAAAGUCCUAUCUUCAAACAAAUCAGAAUGGCAGGUCUCUCACUAUUGGCAAUCGCUGCUUUCUACCAAGUCGCGAUGAUCAACGCACGCGAGAUUACGUUUCCCCCUCCAUCAGGCUACACGUCUCAACACAUCAUACCCCAAGGCUAUAGAGAGCCGGACGUUACUUCACCGAAGUUUGCUGGUUUAGCAACCUACGCUAACCUGCCUUAUGUGCAUUGUUUGGCUCCAGAAGGGUAUGAUGUGGAGCCAUUCGAUAUUGCCAUCUUGGGGGCGCCUUUUGACACAGGCGUGACGGGACGGCCGGGAGCGCGUUUCGGCCCGCAAGGUAUACGUUCUGGAUCGUGGAGAAUACACCCUGAAGCGGCAUGGAGCGUUUAUACCGGUAAAUUCAAACACUCAACCAGAAUUGGCCUCACGCAACUGACAUGUGACGCCCAGAUUGUAUCUUCGAGGCCAACGAAGUCGAGCAAGGGCACAACGCCUAGGAUGAUCACCCUGGGAGGAGACCAUACUACCACUCUCUCGGCUCUGCGUUCGGCCAGCUCACACUGGGGUCCUGUUAGUGUCAUCCACUUUGAUAGUCACUUGGAUACCUGGGAUCCAGAGGUGUUGGGUAUGUUCUCCUCUGGCCACAUGCAAGCACUGGUGCUAAUCUCCAGACAGGUGGAGGAAUCUCUCACUAUGCGCAUUGGUGUCAAUCAUGGUACAUUUCUGCACAUUGCUCACGAAGAGGGCUUAAUUCGCAACUCUUCCGUUCAUGCUGGAAUUCGAGCGCCAAUGGUCCGGCCCAAAGGUGAUCUUCGGAACGACGUCCGAUGCGGAUUUGAGAUCAUCAAAGCAAGAGAAAUUGAUCGAUAUGGUGUUGCUGGGGUGAUUGAACGACUGAAAGCUAGGGUGUCCGACACUAAAGUCUACAUCAGCGUCGACAUUGAUGUACUUGAUCCAGCCUUCGCGCCAGCCACAGGAACGGCGGAGGUUGGCGGAUGGAGUACUCGUGAGCUGUUGUCUGUUCUUGAUGGACUGGACGGACUGGACGUUGUUGGUGCGGAUGUGGUCGAAGUGGCACCAAUAUACGACAAUGCAGGCGAGUCAACAGUCUUAGCUGCGGCAGAGAUAGUCUUAUCGCUUAUUGGACUCAUGGUGAAUACACCAGUGAGUGAGUGA